AAAAUAGAAAUAAAUACAGAGAACAGAGUCUCUCCGGCGAAUUCGCCUGGGAGCUGUCAUCACGUGUAAUCUAAUGGGUCUUCCUUUGUUGACUUGUAGUACGACACGGGUCCCUUUCUCUUCUUCUUCUUCUUCGUCAUGGUGUAGUGAUCGCAGUUCUAGGCUUUACGAGUCUCCGGCGAGUUCGAGAUCAGAGCUGCGGAAACGCAGCGGGAAGAGAAACAGUCUUUCUUUAGAGAAGUCGAGGGCAGUUAAAGCGUUGUCUUCGGGACAGAGCAGCGGCGAAGUGAUCGACGACGGAGAUACGGCGGCGGCGGCGGCGGCGGCGAGAGGUUUGGCCGUGCCUUCGGGAGACGUAACGACGGUGGGAAGUUUCAGCAGCGGGAGGUUAGCAGGAGCUUCGGGAGAGGUGACAUCCGUCGGGGAGUUUGUCGGUGGAAGCGGCGGAGAUUGGGAUAAGAUCGGUGCUGUUGUUAGGCUGAGUUACGGAGUCGGAAUAUACUGUGGGAUGGCUGUAGCGGGAAGGUUUAUAUGUGAAGUCGCAGGGAUUGAUUACACAGGAGGUUUUAAUGCUUCUUUAGAUGCUAUUAUCGCUGGUCUUGGUUAUGCUUCUCCACCGAUCAUGUCUCUUCUCUUCAUUCUUGAUGAUGAAGUUGUGAAGGUGUCGCCCCACGCUCGUGCCAUUAGAGAUGUUGAAGAUGAGGAGCUUCGUGGCUUCUUCCAUGGAAUGUCAGCUUGGCAGUUUAUCUUAGUAGUUGCUGCUAGUUCAGUUGGAGAGGAGCUCUUCUACCGUGCUGCGUUUCAGGGUGCACUGGCUGAUAUAUUCCUAAGAGGGACAGAUCUCAUCUCAGAUUCUCGAGGAAUGGUCGCUUUGACUGGACUAUUGCCUCCGUUUGUACCGUUUGCUCAAGCAUUUGCAGCCGCUAUUACAGCCGCUCUCACCGGUUCUCUCUACUACAUUGCUGCUUCACCUAAAGAUCCGACUUAUAUAAUGGCACCGGUCUUGAAAACACGUUCUGCCCGUGACGAGCUCAAGAAGUUGUUUGCAGCGUGGUACGAGAGGAGACAGAUGAAGAAAAUCUACUCUCCUCUACUUGAAGGGCUUCUGGGUCUGUACCUUGGCUUUGAAUGGAUUCAGACAAACAAUCUUCUUGCUCCAAUCAUCACACAUGGAAUAUACUCAGCUGUUGUAUUGGGAAAUGGUCUUUGGAAGCUUCACCAUCACCAGCAAAGACUACGCCUACGGGUACAUAAGCUUGAGACUGAAGGUGACGACAAGAACACUAGAUAGAUAAAAAAUAAAUGAAUAAAACACUACCCUUUUGUGUUUAAAGUUUUGUAAAUUGUCUUUUAUGUAUUGACCCUUCAUUGACUUGUACAAAUAGAUAGUAAGAAAAGUGUUUAGAACAAAUAAGAGAGCGGCUAUAGUGAAGCUUUUAUUUUUAUUGUCUUCAAA